CUCCUCCUCUGCAUUCUGAACAGGCUGCGCUUUUACUUCCACUUGAACAACCAAGUAGUUUUUGAGCGCAUUCCCCGUCAGCUAAUGUGGAGGGAAACACCUCGGUCGACCUACCCGAAAAUAUCGAUUUUGCACCGGAUAUAAUUUCAGUUCAUGUUUUGAACUUACGAAGGUUAGUUAUAACAAGGUAAACUUCCUCGAACUAAAUAUAGUUUUGGUCGAAACUAUAUUUACUAACGAGAGAGUGACCUGAGAAAAAAAGCAAUAGAUGUGGUUCGAGUUCCAUGCUUAUAAUAAGACAUAUUUUGUCUGUCGAAUUGUAACUCACGUAUGGAUGGAUUUUAGGAGGUGAAAUUGGACGUCAGUCUUCAAUUUCAAUUGGUUCGUACCCAGUUUGUUUGCCUGUGUGCGUUUCAGGAAGAAUAUCGAAGUUGCAUUCUUCAGCACCCAUACAGAGGGAGAGUGGGCUACAGGUAACCGACUGGGAAGAGUGAAGAAGAUACUUUGCGAAAUUGUUUUAUCCGGAUAUUGACGCCGAAAUUAAAACAGUUGUAUUUGGUGGAUUAUUGGAGCUCAUCAUCAUGGAAAAGUGGGAGAUUCAGUAUAUCAAAAUGGAGAUGUGAAAACGUGGCAUUUGUUUUCACACUGUCAGUGUUGUUUAUACUACUGCGCAAACUGGACUUUUCUUCUUUGCAAAUUGACUAUUUCGGAUUGUUGGAGCGAUCGCGCCUUCUUGCCAACUUUAUCAGGGAGAAACUUUUUUAUCCACAAAAUGCCACAACUUAACGGAGGCGGCGGCGAUGAUUUAGGGGCGAAUGAUGAAAUGAUAUCAUUCAAAGAUGAAGGGGAGCAAGAGGAAAAAAUAUCCGAAAAUGUAUCAGCCGAGAGGGAUUUGGAUGAUCUGAAGUCUUCUUUAGUAAACGAAUCGGAAAACAACAGUAGCUCAUCAGACUCCGAGCAAGCAGAGAGGCGCCCUCAACCAAGACCAGAUUUAGACAGUUACGAGAAAACCAGGGAUUACUUUAGUGAAGCAUUCAGAAGACAGCAAGAUGGUGGCUUUUUCAAGAGUCCCCAUUAUCCUGGGUACCCGAUUUUCAUGAUCCCAGAUCUUACCAACCCCUACCUAUCCAAUGGGGCCCUGUCCCCUAGCGCAAGAACGUACCUGCAGAUGAAAUGGCCUCUGCUGGAUGUCCCUGGAGCUGCUGGACUCAAAGACUCCCGCUCCCCCACCCCAGGACACCUAGCAGCAGAGAGGGGGAGCAGGAGGCAGGCUCUCCAGGCCUGCAGGGCCCCAGCACUGCACUAAUGAGAGCAAUGGGAGCGGAUGGGAACAUGCAGAGGUACACGGGGGUCCAGGGAUUACUGCCCAGGGGCCAGGGCCAACACCAGCCAGAGGGACCUGAGGAGAGGGAGCCAGGGGACAGCAGCAGGGCUUCCAUCAACCACAAUAUUGAUUCCAACAAGGUCCCAGUGGUGCAGCAUGCUCACCACGUCCACCCGUUGACCCCCCUCAUCACCUACAGCAAUGAACAUUUCUCCCCCGGAACCCCUCCCUCACACCUCUCCCCGGAGAUCCUUGACCCAAAGACCGGCAUUCCUCGGACUCCCCAUCCAUCAGAGCUCUCUCCGUACUACCCCCUGUCUCCAGGUGCUGUGGGACAGAUCCCUCACCCUCUGGGAUGGCUGGUGCCACAGCAGGGCCAGCACAUGUACUCUAUCCCCCCGGGGGGGUUCCGGCACCCCUAUCCCACCCUCGCAAUGAAUGCAUCUAUGUCCAGCUUGGUGUCCAGCCGUUUCUCCCCCCACAUGAUGCCCCACCACCCCCACGGCAUGCACCAGACUGGCAUCCCUCAUCCUGCUAUCGUAUCACCAGCCAUCAAGCAGGAACCAAACACUCAUGACCACAUGAGCCCCUCUAUGCAUUCCAGAAAGUCUCCCGGCCCGGUGAAGAAGGAGGAGGACAAAAAGCCCCACAUCAAGAAGCCUCUGAAUGCCUUCAUGCUGUACAUGAAGGAGAUGAGGGCCAAGGUGGUGGCUGAGUGCACCCUGAAGGAGAGCGCUGCCAUCAACCAGAUACUGGGCCGAAGGUGGCACUCACUAUCGAGAGAAGAGCAAGCCAAAUACUAUGAGCUGGCAAGGAAAGAGAGGCAACUCCACUCCCAACUCUACCCAGGCUGGUCAGCACGAGAUAACUAUGGAAAGCGGAAAAAGAGGAAGAGAGAUAAUAAGCCAGACUCAACACCGGAGGACUUCUCAAUCAGUAACAAGAAGCAGUGUGUACAAUACCUGCCCUCAGAGAAAAUGUGUGACAGCCCUGCCUCGUCUCACGGCAGCAUGCUGGAUUCUCCAGCCACACCCUCUGCAGCUCUGGCCUCCCCGGCCGCUCCCGCCGCCACACACUCAGAGCAGGCCCAGCCCUUGUCCCUCACCACCAAACCAGAAGGACGCCUGCACCACCAUUUUCUAACUGGCAAACCCUCUGGAUCUGCUUCAUCUUCGUCAUCUUCAUCUUCAUCCUCCUCCUCUUCCCACCCAAGCAUCUCCAUCCCUAUUGGUACUUCAGGCAGCCACUCCACACCCAUUCUCCCUCGGCCAAUCCCCUUCAGCUCCCUGCACCACUCAAUGCUCUCACCGCCCUCUCCUUUCCAUCAAGCAGCCCUACAUUCCCAUCAUGCCCUCUUCCAGUCACAGCCCCUCUCCUUGGUAACCAAAUCGUCUGACUAAAUCUACAAAAGCAAUUCUUUUUUUCUCUUUUAUUGUGCUGUAUAUUGCUUUGACUUUUCAAAAAAUAGAUAUUAGAACUUUUUUUUAAAUGAUGAAAAGGAAUAAAUAUUAUUGGUCAAUAUUUGAUCCCAUCCUUUUCUACUCCUCUCCAAUGAAACAAAAUGUAUUUUUUGUAAAGUUUACUGCAGAACAGGUUUCUUUUUUUGAUGCAUUUAUCCAAUAAACUACUUGUAUAAAAGAAAAUUUAAGAAAAGGAACAAAAAACACCCUCUCCUUUUAGCCAAAACAUUAUUAAUGUUAGUAUUGAGUUUGAUUUAUAGUUCUGGACAAUAAUUUCAGUCCUUGCAAAUGCCCCUUUUAAAUUCCCAAGAGUGUGACUUUCUUUUGACAUGUUAAAUAAACCUUUGAGAUUGUUUUUUAGAAAUGCCUGGUU